AAGGAAAUAGAGAAACUCAAUAACUUCUCGCUAUUCUAAAAAUUUAAUACUACCAUUUUUUAAAUUUCAAAUGAUCAUUAAAAUUCCCCCUCAUAGAUUAUGUAUAAUUUUACUUUUAUGCAAUUUUAUGAUGGCUAAUCUGUUCUUGAUCAGAAUGAAUGUGCCGCUCAAAUCGACAGUCAAACAUUGUGCUUCCACUCUUUAUGCAUGCAGGAUCUCGUUAGAUGAGGAAGACAUGAAAUCGAAACAGAAGACGAGAAAAAAACACUCGAAAGAAAAGAAAAGAGCGGAAAAUGAUGAGAUGAAACAGCCACCGGUUGGUGACAAGGAAUAUAUAGUUUUCCGGUUUAGAGAAGAUGGAGGGAUUGAUUUGGCGGAAGAAAAGUCACUUAUAAGCGGUUGGGAUCGUCGGAUGGAUCACACACACCAUAAUCACAAGACUUUAAAGGAGCUCAUGAUGUUUGAUGAAAAUUCGGAGAGCUUGCAGUUCAAAGUGAAUGCGGAUGGUCUGAUCAUUUCGGAUGAUGAGGGUGAGGAGCAGACGCGUGAUGAGUCCAGCAGGGAGUUGAGUCGGAGCAAUACGAAUGAUGAUGGUGAUGAUAUCAAAGUUAUAACUGCAAUUGAGGAGAGUAGAGAGCAUAAAACAUUGUCAGAGUCUACUCGCUCUGACAGUAGUUCGGGCUCUUUUGCUUUCCCAGUACUGAACAUGGAAAUGAAAGGGAGUCCGGAGAGGAUGCCUAAAUAUACUAAGCAGCGCAAGCUGGGGAGGAUUCUGCAGUUCCCAUGUUGCAGAUUCUAGAGGUUGCAUCGUAAUCACUUGAAUGACUUAGGUUGUGUUCACUUGGUGUAAUGGAAUGAGGGGAGAAUGAAAUGGAAAAUUAUAUAGAAAUUUUAAGGAGAAAGAAGAAAGUAUGAGGUGAUAGUGACAAAUUAUGAAUGUGUUUAAAUUUUUUGUGAUAAAGAUUAUGAGGAAACAUGAUGUAGAAAUGGAAUGGGCAUUCCUUCCAAAACAUGUGGGUUAAAAUUAUAGUUAAAAAAAUAGGAAUGGAAUGAUUGAAGGAAUGAAAACUAUAUACAUUUUCUUUGAUCAACACCAUUUUAUAGUUCAAAAUUCAUUCCAUUCUCUCUCCAUUCCAUUCAAUCCAAGUGAACACAACCUUAGUAGUUAAGAAGUGAAGGAAAUAGAAUGACAAUAUAAAUUAUAUAAUUGUUGGACUGAUGGUUGUUGUUCAUAGCUGUAUGAUAAUAUGAGUAUAUGCUUGAAUAGAUUUACGUAUUCGUGAGAUGAUUUUGAGCUCCGCACAUGUAGGAAUCAAUCACUGAUCAGAUAAAGGGUUAACAAGUUCGAUACUAGUAUUAGGAUUGAAGACCACAACCCUGCACUCAGCUAUUUAUAUGUAAAGUUAUGCUGACAUACUAAAACUAAGAUUACUGAUUAUGUAGAUUAUGUAGGUACUGUUUUCGACUGGGCUAGCAUUCAGCUGCAGACUUGUUCAAAAAUAUUGAUUAUCGAUCCAACUUUAAAGAACUCACUUCUCUAUGAUCUGUAUGAUAACAUUGUGGUUUACAUUUGACGGUUGCAUUAAGACUACAUUUGAUGGCUAUGGUUGUUGCAAUGCAUGCUCUCAUAAUAUUGACUGCAGGCAAUUUCAUGAAACUAAGAGCAGUUGCUCUGUUCCUCUUGGAGAUUUUACACAAACAAGUAAGUUUGCGUAACUUCAUAUACUGGU